UUGUACAAAGUUGUCAAUGUGUUUGUGUACAGAGUACACAGAAAGCACGGAAAGAGAAAUUAUUUCUUUUAAAACAAUAAACAUUCUAAACAUUUUGCUUUUUUAAAAGAAAUAUAUUACUUUGUUGUUAUAUUUAUUCAGUUGUUACAACAAAAAGUAAAACAGUUAACAAAACAAAAUGUGGAAGGCCACCACCGGUAUUCAAAUACAAAAUGACAACACUGCCGAGGACGAUGACUGGGAAACUGAUCCAGAUUUUGUAAACGAUGUCAGUGAGCAGGAACAAAGAUGGGGAUCGAAAACAAUAGAAGGCAGUGGUCGCACUGCAGGUGCAAUAGACAUGGAAAAACUUCGAUCCGAAACAGAACAGGCCGAUCAAGCUAAAAAGAAGAAGGAGCUGGAAGAAAUAAACCCUGGUUAUGGCUAUGGUGGCAAAUUUGGUGUACAAACGGAUCGUGUGGAUAAAUCUGCUGCUGGCUGGGAUCACAUCGAAAAGGUGGAAAAACACGCAUCCCAAAAAGAUUACGCCAAGGGGUUCGGCGGUAAAUUCGGUGUCCAACAAGAUCGUGUUGAUAAAUCGGCUGCUGGUUGGGAUCACAUCGAAAAGGUGGAAAAACAUGCUUCCCAGAAAGAUUACGCCAAAGGCUUUGGUGGCAAAUUUGGUGUGCAGGAAGAUCGUAAAGACGUUUCGGCCGUUGGCUGGGACUAUCGGGAAGCUCCGCAGAAACAUGAAAGUCAAGUGGAUCAUAAAAUUGGCUUUGGAGGUAAAUUUGGCGUUCAAAAGGAUAGGAUGGAUGCUUCAGCAGUAGCAUAUGACGAUGGUGAAAAACAAAAAGUGGGCACAAAUUAUACCAAGACUAAGCCCGUUAUUGAGGGCGUUAAACCAUCCAAUUUACGUGCCAAAUUUGAAAAUCUGGCCAAAAUGACUGAGGAAGAAAACCGCAAAAAGGCGGAAGAACAAAAACGUUUACGGGAAGCUAAAGACAAGCGCGAUCGCGAAGAGGCGGCCAAAAAGGUUGUUGUGGAAAAUCAACCCUUACCUCAGUCAGAUGAAGCAAAACAACCACCUCCAAAGGGUGCCCGUUCAACUAUAGUCACUGGACGCGAAGGCGGAAUUGGCAAUGCCAUAAGUGCAUUUAAUCAAAUGCAAUCGCCAACUAAAGAAGAUCCCCCUGCAGUUCGUAAGGAGCCCAUACACAUUCCCAGAGAACCAGUUAAGAGCGUGGUAAAAGAAAGCGAGGCCAAAGCGGAGGAAAAGGAGCCGACCGUGGAACAAAAAGUGGCUGAUGUUGUAGCUCCUGUGGAACAAAAAGUUGCUGCUCCUGUGGCUCCACCACCUGAUCUAAUACCUUCCAUUGAAAUAGACACAGUGGCGACCCCACCGCAAAUACAUUCUCCAGAGCCUGUAGAAACAGUUGUAGCAGCAUCUCCGGUCGCUGUCGAAGAGCCAUUAUAUCAAAAUCAAGCUGAGGUACAGUAUUCUGUGACAGAAACAGCCGCAGCCCCUCAAAAGUCUGAUGCUGAAGAAUCACAGGAAGUGGUCGCCGCUACUUCUGAGAAUUUAGCCGAUUACAUUGAAGACACAAAUAUUCAUGCAAUUGCAUUGUACGAUUAUCAGGCAAAUGAUGAUGAUGAAAUUUCAUUUGAUCCAGAUGAUGUUAUUACCCACAUUGAAAUGAUUGAUGAAGGUUGGUGGCGUGGUCUAUGUAAAAAUCGUUAUGGUCUCUUCCCAGCAAACUAUGUGCAAGUCAUAAACAACAAAAAUGUUUCCUAAGUUUUUGAUAUGUACCUCUACCCAUAUCAAAAGAGAAAAAGAAAGAAAAUUAAGACAUGUGACUAACAUCUAAAUUAAUUAAUACCAAAAUUGCCAAUUUUUUUGGAGAAACAAAAAAGUAUUUUAGCGAAACAACGAUUACAUUUUCAUAUGUAUUUAUGUAUUUUUGAAAAACUGACAUGCAUUUCAUUGUGUUUUUAAAUAAGUGUGGACAACAUUCGUAUUUGUUUUAUGUUUCAAACAUAGCAUAUAUAUAAUUAUUACUAUUUUACAGUAACAUUGUUUUUUACAUUGCAACAUUUCACAACAAAAAAAGGCAUUAAGAAGUUAAACAAGAUUAUACAAAAAUGAAUAUUAUUAUUUCAAAAUGUUGAAAAAUCCUGAAGCGAAUGCAUCAAUAAAAAAAAUAAAACAACUUACAGACUGUAUGAAAUUACACAAAACUUAAAUCAAAUAAAUAUACAUUGUUCUCUCUUUGAAAAGUGAAAAGAAA